AUGGCGCCGACGACGCCAUCGAUCGACGCGAUGUCGCGCGCGGAGACGACGACGUUGGAGGCGAAGCGAACGACGUGGAUGCACGAGGCUCGAGCGGCGUUUCCGGUCGAUCUCGCCGGUGGCUCCCUCCUGUGCGUGGUCCUGGUGUGCGGAAGCAUGCGGGCGCACGACUUGGAUUGGGCGGGGUUGGUCACCGCGGUGCACGGCGAACGCGCGGUGACGGUGAAACCGUUGGAGGUUGAGUCGACGUCGGAGAAUGAGAAUGAGAAUGAGAACGACGCGGCGCGGCGAUCGAACGAGACGACGGUGACCCUGCGUCUGGCGCGUGGGUAUCCCAUGAAACGCGUCGAUCGAUCGGCGGUGAUGGAGCGGUUGACGUUCGCGCGAGACGGCGUGGGGGUGGUGCUGGACGCGACGGACGACGCGCCGCCGAUGUUGGGCGGACGAUUUCGGGUGGAGAUGAGCUCGGCGGAACGCGCGAUGGUUCGCGGUGAAUCCCCGGAGCGAUUUCGCGAAGCGCGAGGCGAACGAUGUGACGUCGAGAAUGAAGCUGAUUUCGUGGAUGACGUCGGGAACGUCGUUUCCGAGAGCGUGUACAGCCUGUUCGAGGUGAAGCGCGACCGCGAUUCUGAUACGGAAUCGACGGCGGACGCGUUCGGGACGCCUCCGAGCUUGGAUUUAGGUGAAGACGCGCCGUCGACGCGCGCGCAUUCAGACGUACAGGAGGGUGCCGGGGAUAGUAUUUCUCCCGGGAGCCUCGUCUGUAAACAUGUCCCGGGCGCGGACGAUGUCGUCGCCGAGGAAGCUUCGGCUUCUCAGGCGAGCGAUCGCGCGUCGGAUGACGUCCGCGAGAUUCGAGCGGUGGCGUCGUCUCCUGGACAGCACGAGUGGAAGGGCGCUAUUUCGUACCUUCGCGAGCAGCUCACGACUCAGCGUGGAGUUCGGCUCAUUUUACGUCGGGACGACGUCGAGCGCUUGCUCGAUGAAAUCGAGCGGUGA